GGCGGGGGUCAUAGACGCAGGCUCAGCCCCGACUUGUAGUCUCAGUUGCAAGUCGAGUUUAACUCUUGCCUGAGCGUCUCUUGGCGCUUCCUGCUGCUGACAGCGGUCGACGUCUGAUCGCGCUAGCUUUGCACUAGUAGCUGUUGUCGAGUUUCUCUCGGAAGUGACGUUUUGCGUGAGGCGUUUAACGUUUUGUCGUGAUGUUUCGUCCUGACGGGAAGGGACUUUCUUUUAAGUUAGGCCAACCAUUCAUCUCUUGACCAGCGUUUCAAAAUCUUAAGUUUUCGAAACUUCACCGGACUACCUGGAGGAGCCGGGUAUUACGUAAGCAAGACAGCUUGGAGUUGCAGACAUUUGCCAGAGCGCGUGGUAGUGCCGGAGCGAGCGCCGGCCAAGCAAGACUGGCCUCUUCCUCUUCUUCGUAGUCUCACCGCGAGGAGUAGGAGUCUUCACCUUCGAUGUACCCGCAUGGAACAAACACAUCAUUGGAGAGACGCCAGCGGUACCCGCCACAACUAUAGGCUCCCUCGCUGCGAUCGGAGACGCCGGGCUGAUCUUCCCAGUGUUAGAUCCCCUUAAGAACUCUACUCAUGGACGGUUGAAGUUACGCUCAGUGGAAAAGUGAUUGGAAAUUGCCGGCACUUCGUUAAGACUUCUUUAGCAGAUUUCAAAAAUUAUUUACAAUAAUAAUGAACUCUUCCAUGCAUAUGAAUGUGGAACUAUUAAUAUAGACUGAAUAUUUCUGACACAUUUUCGAAACAAUACCAGAAUUUUUUUAACUCAGAAAAUUUUAUAGUUUACCUUUGACAUAUUUGCCGCUAGGUUACAAUAUAUACAUUGUAAGGAGAAAUAAAGUAUACAAAUACCUGAACUGAAGAAAAGAGGUUCGAAAAUAAGAGAAAAAUAAGAGCCUGGACAUUUACGUAGUCAUAAUUACUCUUUGCGAUCAGUGAUUUAAAAGCUAUAUCUUGAAAAUUUUGGCACAUAACAACAUAUGUGAAUCUUGAAAAAAAAGCAGAGCUAAAGUAUGCGUGAACUGAAGGAACUGAAAACAUAAAAAGAAGCUGGAAAUUGCAAAAGAAAAAAAAAAGUUUCACUGGAAGCUUUAAAAAGGGAAACCUCGCACCCACAAAAACUUGCCUUCGCCUGGAAGAGGAAUCAAGGAUACCUUCGGAAACCAUGGAGGAGAAGAAGACAAUGCCGUGGCUCACAAAGCUGAGCUAUGGCGUAGGUCAUGUUUUCAACGACCUCUGCGCCUCCAUGUGGUUCACUUAUCUCCUGAUCUUCUAUGAAAAGGUGCUGCUAUUUGACCCUACCGUAGCCGGUCUUGUGCUGCUGGUGGGUCAGAUUGCCGACGGGAUCAGUACCCCAAUUGUCGGUAUCUUCUCAGACAAGGAAAAUAAGUUCCCUAUCUGCGCCAGAUACGGAAGGAGAAAAGUUUGGCAUUUGUUAGGUUCUGUCCUCGUCUUCUUCAGUUUCCCCUUCAUCUUCAACGGCUGCAUCGGCUGUGAGGAGGCCACUAAGUGGUCCCAGUUUGCCUAUUAUGUCGUGUUCGUGUGCAUCUUCCAAUUCGGGUGGGCUUGCGUCCAGAUAUCCCACCUGGCACUCAUUCCCGACCUGACCACCAAGAAACAUCAGAGAACAGAAUUAAACUCUAUCAGGUACGCCUUCACAGUAUUGGCCAACCUAGGAGUCUUCGCCAUUACCUUCGUCGUCCUCAACACCCAGAAGUCGGCGGGUGAAACUUCACCCAUGCCCAACUGCACCAUGGUUGAGGUGAAUGACGCCACCGACGCAGAAGCAAUGGGCGGUGGGUGUUCGACUGACACCGUUGGACCAGAAGAUUCCAUCAAGUUUAGGAAUAUCUCGCUGAUAGUGGUGGUCGUUGGGGGCUUCUUCUCCGCCCUCUUCCACUUGGGGGUGACAGAGCCCGCGUUCAUCAAACCCCGGAAGCCCGAGGACAUCGCCAUCGAGGAUCAGAAGCCGCCGAAGGAGGAGAAACCAGUCACUACAAUGAGGAAGAUCGACUGGUUUAAGGAAAAGCCUUUCUACCAGAUCGCCGUCUUGUAUAUGGCGACCAGGCUCUACGUCAACCUUUAUCAGGUGUACAUUCCCCUGUACGUGCAAGAGACGCUGUUCUUGAGCGAGACCUUCAUCGCCACGGUGCCUUUCGUCAUGUACUUGGCCGGGUUCGUUGGGUCUUUGGUCAUGAAGCAGGUCAACAAAAAAAUCGGGAGAAAGGGAACCUUCGGCCUCGGCUGCCUCGUCGGGCUUUGUGGAUGUCUAUGGAUAUGGUUCGGCAAGGGGAGCUACUUCACUCAGUGGGGCAUCUUCUUGGUCGCUGCUCUUCUGGGCAUCGGCGGCUCUACCCUCCUCAUCACCUCGCUCUCCAUCACGGCUGACCUCAUAGGACACAACGUCGAAGGAGGAGCUUUCGUCUACGGGUUCAUGAGCCUCGUGGACAAGUUCUCCAACGGAAUCAUCAUCAUGAUCAUCCAGAACUUCAGUUCAGACGAGCCGUGGUAUUACAGGAGUGUCAUCACCUUCGCAUGCGGAGCCUCCUGCCUCCUUGGGAUGGGCAUCACGAUCACGCUGAUCAACGUCAAAGUCGGGAAGCGCAAAGGAGAAUCGCCAGUUAUGGACAUCCUGCAGGACUCUGACCAAUCAGAAUCCAGCUUCCAAGGCAUCGACAACCCAGCCAUAGGCACCAUUUCCAACGGGAAACUCCCUGACGAGAUCCGCUCUCCUUCCUAAGACAGAGCCACCAAAGCAAGGCAAUCCCAAAGCCACUGUCAUCUGACAGAGCAUUCAUUGUACAUUUGUAAUUACCAAUGACUAUCCACACAAAAUGGGGGGAUCUUUUUAGAUAGUGGGACUUACCUAGGCCAAAUGGAAAGUCCUUAAGUGUCCUUAAGCGUGGAAUGAUCGAGGUCCUUCCUUAAGAUGCCUAUAUAAAGUGGUGCGCGUAGACCAGAUGGAAAGUACUUGAAUUGAAAUUGGCUGAGGUCAUACUCACUACUUGUGUAGACUUCAGACAUGACCGUAUAUAUAUAUAUAUAUAUAUAUAUAUAUAUAUAUAUAUAUAUAUAUAUAUAUAUAUAUAUAUGUAAUCAUAUGUACGAAGGUGAUUAUAUAUGUGACAAACUUUCAAGUUAAAUUUGAAAAAAUUAUAUUCCCAUCUACGCAAAACAAUUAAUUGAGGAUACUAUUCUCCCUAUCAUCUUAUACUUUUUCUUCUGGCUAACGUCGCUUCCGUAGCUGAAUAGGAAUUCGAUAGUGAAUAUGAGGUGUCUAACAAAGAGAUUCCUGUGUCAGAGGACAAUAUAUACUUAUUUCACAGGAGAGAUAAUGAAGCAUUGUUAUGACAGCACGUGGAAGAAGCUGAAAUCUAUAAAAAAAAAGUAAAGAAUUAUUCUUUCCUUUAUUAUGAAUGGUCACCAGUCGAAUUCCCGACGAUGACACUGACUUUACAACCUAUUUAUUUACUUCCCAAAGCAAGGACUAAAAUACGCCAUAUAAGUCGGGUUCGUUUAAUCCCGGCUUCAUUCCUCUAAUGACGGUCGAAUUCUUUUGAUCAUAGUUCAGUUCGAUUCACAGAGGCUGCAUUCGUUUCAUCUGUUGGCUAACAUUAUGCACAGAUGUUUUUAUGUGAUAUAUGAUCCCCUCGUGUGCCUUACUGAAUAUCACUAAUAUCAUUUGCAAAGACCAUUUUAUUCAAUGUUCAACACGUUGUGCAAAUCCUGUGAUAUGGAUUCUAGCGAUUUGGGGUAAAGAAUCCUCUGUUCUGUUAACAUCUUAUUUCACAGAAUGUAACAUCCAGAGAUGUUCCUAAGCAUAAUGUUCAAUAACUUUCAAAUACUUUAUUUACUGAGUACAAUUAGCAUUGUUUUUAAUGUAUUAGAAUUUUUCCCGCAAAGUAAUCGUUUUCUAUCGGCGAGAAAGCGGAGUAUUUUAUCACAUUUAAUCUGUACGACAUUGAUCUGAACUCGCCCGUUAUUACAUAAAAGCCCUUGGGAAGGACUGUGAAGUUGAAAGCACUUAAAACUUCCUCGCACUUCUUUCAUCAUCCUUAUAUUAUACGUCCUGUAACGAUGUGCCUUCAUAAAAUGUGAUAAUUAUUGAUAAAAAAUGGGAGAUGCAAGACUGCUUAGCUGAAAGUCAAACCUGCGUACGAAACUGGUUACUCCCUGUAAUUCUGAAAUAAAAAAAAAAAUGCGAAUAUGACGAUUCAAGGAAUACAUUCUGACCUAACAAUCAAGGGUACAGCACUUUAUAGGAAAGGAGCGAAGGUCUUAAUUCAUCCGGUCCAGCUUAUAUAACUUUAAUAAACGAUGGCUGUUAAUAUCACAAGCCAGGUUCGUACGCAGCGAAUUCGGCGCUUCCCCUCCCUGACUGCAGGUGGCCAGCCGGGCUCGUAGUGACCCUCUGCAACUCGGCAUGUGUAUCCUGUCUGUCUAUAUUACUGAAAAUUAAGUAAAGGAACUGGGUAUCUUAAUGACCGUCAUUUUUCCACUUGAAUUUUAGCAAUUAUGUGCUAGAUAACGCUAGUACACUUGAAUUAUAACAAAUCUACAAUGGCAUCCACACACACAGCCACAAGCACAUAUAUGAUUGUGGCUAUGUUGGCUAUUGGUUGGAUGACAUUGAUAGUCAUGACCUUCCUCGCCGAAAUGCUCCAAAUUAUAUAUAUAUAUAUAUAUAUAUAUAUAUAUAUAUAUAUAUAUAUAUAUAUAUAUAUAUAUACUGGUCGAUUUGGAACCGAAAAGUAUAACAUCAUCGAAAAAUAAUUUUCUCAUGAACUAAACUACUCUGAUGAAACGCGUUUUGGACUCCACAUUAAGCAGUAGGCCUCAUAACAAAAUUACUCAUUUAAUAGUUGUUCACCUGUUGUCUUAUUGUUGUGGUUGCUAAAAUCUAUCUAUUCGAUUAGAACAACUCCUCAAGUCUUCCCCUCUCUUUAAUAGGCAUUAUAUUAUAUAUUUUAUUAUCGCGUAACAAAUCGUAUUUUAGCAGUAGGUUAUAGUUAAGACUUGUCUUUAUUAUUAUUCAUCUGGCACACUUCAUUUUCAGUGACGCAUUUUGUUGUUGUCGACUUUUCAUUGUUUCAUGUUAAGUUUUUUUCCAUGUCAUCAGUCGUUUCAUAUUUAAUAAAAGUAUAUGUACAUAG